AUGUUCGUCGGUCUUCCCGUCGCUUCAUUCUUUUUCGUCGCAGUUCUUGCGGUUCUUGCGUUUUUCAGGCCUGUCAAGUCGAACGCGGCUCUUAUUACACUCGUCCUGUGGUCCAUCGUUUGCAAUAUCAUUCAUGGAGUCGAUGCUGUCCUUUGGGCGGACAACACGAACAUUCACAUACCUGUAUGGUGCGAUAUUUCAUCAAGAAUACUUCUGGCGUCGCAUAUAGCAUUUGCAGGAGCAUCUCUGAGAGUUGCGCUUGACCUCGAGGACGCUUCUUCGGCCAGGGCCAUCUCCGAAGACAAGUAUACAAAAAGAGUACGACGGAUAUUCAACGUACUAUUAUGCUUUCUUGUCCCCAUGAUAUAUGUCAUAUUGCGUGAGUUCCCUUUUCCUCCUCAUCUGUCGCAGUGGGGGACUUACAACCAACCCAGAUUUAUUCUUCCAAUAUCACCGAUUUGA